AUGUCAUCUUCAACUAAUCUAUUACCUCCUGAGACUCCAAGACGUGAUAAAUUAACAACAACUUCAAAUGAACAUAAUCAAAAUAAUUCAAAUCUUAGUAUAAAUAGAAUACCUGCGUCAACUAAUUUAUUAACUCCUUCAUUUUCAUUUGGUUUAAGUUUUCUGCCUAGUUUUAAUUUCAAUUCGCCAAAUCCAUUAAAUGGCAAACCAAUAGAUACUGCUAAAACUCCAAAAAAGAAUCAUUUUCUAGAUUCAUUAAAUGAAUUAGAAGAUCUAAAAGAUAAUAAAGAAGUUAAUAAUACUAUAACUUCAGAACAAAAUGAUGAUUUAUGGUCAAGUUUAAAUGAAAAUGAAGAAACUAGUAUUUCAUCAAUUGUAAAUAAAUCAAAAGAUUCUGAAGAUUUUUUAACUCCAAAUAAAUUAUUCAAGAAUAAAAAUCUUUCACCAAGUUUAAUUAAAGAAAAAUCAACUUCGUCUCCAAAGACUACAUUAGAUCAUGUUGCUAAAAAGAGAAGAAUGUCAUCAUCAUUAAACGACUCACCAAAUAACUCAAUUGCUUCAAAAAUAGAUUCAACUAUGGAAUCUCCAAUUACUUAUCGUAAAUCAAGUUUAUCUCAACAAUCUUCUAGUUCAAAUUUAAUCGAUGAUAAAGUCUGGUAUCCUGAAUUAGAUGAUUGUUUAAUUAGAUCUUUUUAUAAAUAUAGAAAAUUUAAAGAAGAUCAGAUAUUUAACCAACUGACAAUAUUGAAAAAGACAAGUCAAAAUAAAAUCUUAUCAAGAAUGUUAUAUAAUAAAACUGGUCAAUUAAGAACAACAACUCAAAUAAGUUCAAGAAUUUUUAGAUUAGUUAAAGCUGGUAAAUUGAUUAAAGAUAAAUCAACACCUCCAAAUACUAAUAAUAAUAAUGAAGAUGAUAUUAUAUUAACCCCUUUAGAAGAUUUAAUAAAUUCUCAUUGUGACUCAACUCAAAAUAAUGCUAUAAUCGAUCAAGAAUUGGAUUUAUUAUUAUCUUCACCUCCAUUAGGUGAUGUAUUUGAUGAAAAUACUUUAAAUUAUAAAUUAAGUUUAACUAAUUUUGAGAUAAAUUUUAAAAAUAAAUCAAAUGAAGUAGUACAUUGUUUUACAAAGUUUACAAGUUCAAGAACUACUGAUGAAAAACCACCUGUAAACUUAGGCAAAGAUGUACCGAUAUGGUCUAUUCAUCAUGAUUUGAAUUUAUUAAUUAAUCAAUUUGCUACAUCGACUCCAACGUCCGCAAUAUCACCUAAAUUUACAUAUUCACCAGUAUUAGAUACUUCAACUGGUCAAACUGAAUCAAUUAUGAAAUUAGACGUAUCAGGAAACGCGUCAGAAUCAAUGUUAAAUUGUUAUCAACAUCUAAAAGUUUUCAAAGCUAAAAAUGAUCAAAUUUUAUUUGAGACUACUGAGCCUUUAAAUGGUUAUAAAUCAAAUAAGUCAUUCAUUUUGAAUGUUCCAUUUUUGAAGAAAUUUCUAUAUGGUUAUUUCAAUUAUUUGGUUAAUGGAUCCAUAAUAUCAAAAGAUGAAAAUUUGAAAAUAAUACAAAUUAUAUAUAACAAUAAAAACAAUAAUAUGGAGUAUAAUGAUCAAUCAAUUAUUCAUGCUUAUAUAAUUCAUGAUCUUAAUGUUGCUGGUUCAACAAAUAGCUCAACAGUCAUAUAUUACAAUAAACAAAAAAAUGAAGAAUGUCAAAGUGAAGCAGAUGAAAAUGAAACUAUUCUUGCUGAAUCAUCACCUUAUAAAUCAUCACCAUAUAAAAAUACUCCAAAUAAAUUAAGAAAUUUUAAAAUAGAUGUAAAUAAAGCAAAUAUGGAAUAUACUCAAGGACCAAUGACUGCCCCAAUUUUCAAUUCAAGAUUAUUAAAUCAACAAUUGGAAGAACAAAAUCAAAGAAAUCAAACUCAACAAUAUAUACAAUUCCAACAACAACAAAAUCAAAAUCAACAGCCUCCAUUAAUGCAUUCUCAAUCAACUAAUAGUAUACCACAACAAAUGUCAAAUGUAUAUGAAAAUCAUCAAGGUUAUCCAUUCCCACCACAAUUUAACAAUCAACAAACUCAAAUGCAACAAAUUCAACAGCAACAACGGCAACAAAUUCGUCAAAUUCAACAACAAGCUUAUCAACAAAUAUCUCCUCAAUUUCUUCCUCAACAACAAUACAUACCGAAUGAACCAAUGAAAGACGAAUAUAUUCGACAACAACAAUUAUUUCCUCAAAUGUAUCAACAACAAAUGAAUCAAGUUCAAUUCAUUCAACAGCAUAUUCCACAACAAAUGCAACAACAACAACAACAACAGAUUAAUCAACAACAUAUUCAACCAUCAAGAUCAAAUUCAAUAUCAAAUUCAAUAUCAAAUAAAGAAAAUAUAAAACCGAAAAUUUCGUUUGGUCCAAUAUUAGAAUAUGAUCCAUCGAAUGAUGUUAAAAAAAUUCAAAAGGAAAAUUUACAUGAUGGGAAAAUAGGACAAAGGUUCCCAACAGUAACUACUGUCAUGUAUAAACCAAAAAAAUAA